AUGGCAGAUAUAAAGACUUCUAAACCAACAGUAGACAGAGAAAAAACAUGUCCCUUCCUUCUCCGCACUUUCGUACGCCAAGGCUCAUUCCACCCUCUGACACUAUUCGACGCCUCCCUCCCUCCUCCCUCUGACGAAUACGCGCUCUAUACAUGGAGGGAUACGACGCUUAAGGAGCUUGCUCUACUGCUCAGGGGUGCGGUGGCUGAGGGAGCGGGGAAGAGCGCACUGGCGAGGUGGAGCUUUAGAGUUGUGUUCCCCGAUCAGAGGGGUAGGGUGGGGAGCAGGGAGUUGGGGUUCGUACAUGCUCGCGAGCUGGGAAGCUGGAAAACCGAGGAAGGAGAGAAGGAGAAGGAGGGGGAGGAACCGUCGAGUGCUGCGAGGGAGAAGCGCCUGAAUCUGACCCCAGAUGACCGCACCCUCGAGGAGCUCAGGGUCGUCCCAGGGGACAUACUCAGCGUAGCUGUCCUCACCCCCCACACCGGGCGUCAAGCAUCAGGAGGAGUGGGACGCGGUGCCGGAAGAGGGACGGGGAUGGUGCAGGGCGUUAGGGGUGCAGAGCCUUGGGCAGGGCUGGGAGGGGGAAGGGGAGCAGAUCAGGCGAGCUGGAGAGGUGGGAGGGGGGGACCUGGUGCUGCUGUGGGGAGAGGCGUGGGCAGAGGGGUUGGGAAGGAGGAUGAAAGGCGCAUGGGACGGCGUGGGGAUCGGGAGUUUGAGCGGGAGAGGGAGAGGGAGGAACGACCCCGCGACAGAGCCGACUACGGGAGGGAACCGGAACGCGAUACAGACUUUGGUCGUCCUGGGAAAGAACGCGAUACAGAGCGAGAGCACGGGAUUUCGCCUACUCGAGAGCUGGACUAUGGGAGGGACCGAGAACGAGAACGAGAGCGGGAGAGGGAUCGGGAGCCAGCGUAUGGACGACGGGCACCGUUGCCUCGCCGAGAGAGGGACGACGUGGACAUGGACGAUGACCGGCGUGAUCGUCGUGAUCAGAGCAGGGAGAGGGAGAGAGAUGGAGGGAGGAAGAGGAGGAGAAGUCCGAGUUAUUCGCCUGUGAGGAGGGACAGCACAAGUCUGAGUAAGAGUCGCAGUCCUCGUAAGGAUUCACGUGAUUGAUAUUACUGCUCUAAUACUGUUACUCUCUGUCACUCUGAUGCUGAUUGAUGCUGAUUAGCGCUGAUUGUUGGAUAAUAUAAUUGUUCAUUUCCCAUUGUAAUAAUAGUAGACAAUUCUUGUGCGAUAU